GCAAUUCGCCUUGCAAGAAACACCAUGGCCCCUCAACGUCGUCGCGCCGGCAAGUCCACGAAGGACGCCCAUGCCAACCUCUCUGCCGAAGAGCGCGUCGCCGCUGGCACGGACGCCAAGAACCGCGGUAACGCGGCGUACGCCGCCGGCGACCACGCCACGGCCAUCAAGGAGUUCACGGCCGCCAUCGCGUUCGAGCCGGAGAACCACAUCUACUACUCGAACCGCUCGGCCGCGUACUUGAGCGCCGGCAACGCCGCGCAGGCGAUGGCCGAUGCCAACAAGUGCAUUGAGAUCGACGCCAAGUGGGGCAAGGGUUACGCCCGUCUCGGUGCCGCGUACUACUUUAUCAAGUCGUACCAGAAGGCUGUCCAGGCCUACACCAAGGGCUUGACGGUCGACAAGGGCAACAAGCAGCUCCAGGCCGGCCUCACGCAGGCGCAGGCUGCGUACCAGGUGCUCGAGGAAGAGGCCUCGGGUGUCGAGAUGGACGACGCCACGCGCAAGAUGAAGCGCAUGGAGAUCGAGGACAAGAUCAACAAGGCCCGUGCCGAGCGUGAGGAGCGUGCCAAGCGCGCCGAGCGUGGUUUCUCGGAGGUGAUCGGUAUCGAUCUCGGUACGACGUACUCGUGCGUCGGUGUCUGGAAGGACGGCCAGGUCGAGAUCAUUGCCAACAGCGAAGGUAACCGCACGACGCCGUCGUGGGUCGCUUUCAACGAGUCGGAGCGCCUCAUCGGUGACGCCGCCAAGCUCCAGGCUGCCUCGAACGCCACGAACACGGUCUUCGACGCCAAGCGUAUCAUUGGUCGCGCUUUCUCGGACCCGAUCGUCAAGAAGGACGCUGCUCACUUCCCGUUCAAGAUUGUCGAGGGUGAUGAGGACAAGCCGCUCAUCCAGGUCUCGUUCAAGGGCGAGGACAAGCGCUUCACGCCCGAGGAGAUCUCGUCGAUGGUCCUUACGCGCAUGAAGGAGACGGCGGAGAACUACCUCGGCCAGGAGAUCAAGCAGGCUGUCGUCACGGUCCCUGCUUACUUCAACGACCAGCAGCGUCAGUCGACGAAGGAUGCCGGUGCCAUUGCUGGCCUCGACGUCAAGCGUAUCAUCAAUGAGCCCACGGCCGCCGCCCUCGCGUACGGCUUGGACACGAACGCCGGCUCGGACGGCAACAAGGCCAACAUCCUCAUCUUCGAUCUCGGUGGUGGUACCUUCGAUGUGUCGAUCCUCUCGAUCGAGAACGGCAUCUUCGAAGUCAAGUCGACGGGCGGUGACACGCAUCUCGGUGGUGAAGAUUUCGACUCGAACAUGGUCGACUUCCUCGUCACGGAGUUCAAGCGCAAGAACAAGGGCCUUGACCCUACGUCGUCGGCUCGCUCGAUGCGCCGUCUUCGCACGGCCUGCGAGUCGGCCAAGCGCAUGCUUUCCACGACGACGUCGGCUGCCAUUGAAGUCGACUCGCUCUUCGAGGGUGUUGACUUCUCGUCGACGAUGACGCGCGCCAAGUUCGAGUCGCUCAACGAAGAGUGCUUCAAGCGCACGGAGGAGACCGUCCUCAAGGUGCUUGCCGACGCCAAGAUGAAGCCGGAGGAGAUUACGGAGCUCGUCCUUGUCGGUGGUUCCACGCGUAUCCCCAAGGUGCAGAACAUGCUCUCGGCUGUCUUUGGCGGCAAGGAGCUCUCGAAGUCGAUCAACCCGGAUGAGGCCGUCGCGUACGGUGCUGCCGUCCAGGGUGCCAUCCUCUCGGGCAUUCGCAACGACGCCACGAACUCGCUCCUCCUCGUCGAUGUGACGCCGCUCUCGCUCGGUAUUGAGACGGUCGGCCGCGUCAUGUCGGUGCUCAUCAAGCGCAACACGGCCAUCCCGAUCAAGAAGACGCGUGUCUACACCACGGAGUCGGACUACCAGACCCAGGUGAACGUUGUCAUCUACGAAGGCGAGCGCGCCUGCGUGGACCACAACAACAAGCUCGGCGAGUUCACGAUCUCGGGCCUUGAGCGCGCCAAGCGCGGCGAGCCGCAGGUCGAAGUCACGUUCGAGAUCGAUGCCAACGGUAUCCUCAACGUGUCGGCCCGCGACAAGAAGACGAACGCCAAGGCCGAGACGACGAUCUCGAACAACCACGGCCGCCUGAGCCAGGCUGACAUCGACCGCAUGGUCGAAGAGGCCGAGAAGUUCAAGAAGGAAGAUGCCGAGGCCCUCAAGAAGAUCGAGGCCCGCAACUCGCUCGAGAGCUUCAUCUACCGCGCGCUCGAGCUCACCCGCGAGAAGGGUGACGCCGCCGCCGAGAACACGAUCCGUGAGGCCCGCGAGUGGCUCGAGGACCACGAGGAUGCCACGCUCCGUGAGUUGGAGGAGAAGAAGCGCGUCCUUGAGCGCCUCGUCCGUUAAACGGAUGACGCUGGUCGUAGUUUAGUUUGUACUUAAAGUAGAUUUUGAGUUUCGCAUGCUAUUCUCACUUGAAGUGUCUUCCUUGUUCAUUCCCAA